AGUCUUGGAAUCUAAAAUGGCGUUGUAAACACAACUUAUAAAUACUUGAAUGAGAAAAAUAAGAAAUUAAUCCCGUCCGUUGCUUGGCGAAAUAUUGAAUUUAGAAGAAAUUGUUGAAAUCGAAAAGUUUAUUAAAUUAGAAAUGAGCAAUCACUCUGACAGAGAAGAUAACAAUUAUAUAAAUCAAUUUAGAGAUGAUGACAAUUAUCAAGAGGAGAUUAACCCGAAGAGAAGUGCCAGGAAAGUUUCAAGAUUAUUAAUAGUCUGCAAUGCAAUACAUCACCUAGCAACAAAGAGAAAAGUUGAAAGUUUCGCUAUAGUACCUUACGUAAAUCCUUCAACAGGGGUGAUCUGUUUGUCAGGAAUUGAUGAAAAAAUACUUAAUUUUGAUAAUCUCACAAACGAUGAUACGCUGAAAGAGUUUUUUUUGAAUUUAACAUCCAAUUUUAUUGACGAUGAUAAUGGAAGAGCACGAUUUGAUUUACUGGGUUGUAACAAUGCUAAAACAAAUUUAGAAGACUUAAAAUUAGAAUUAAGGCGUCUUUUAGGGAUAUCAGUUGGAAUUUCCAAAGAUAUUUCUGGAUCAGAUAUUAUUGUUCGAAGUACUGAUAGUUCUAGGCCUGUAACCGUAUGUGAUCUAUAUUUUAAAAGUAGUAGUUUAAAGACAUGGAAAUCUCAACCAAUGGCAGGUUUUGAAAAAAUUCGUACUGUUGGAAAAGGUGCCUAUGGAGCAGCUAUAUUGUAUCGAAAGAAAGAUGACGACUCUUUAGUUAUAUUAAAAGAGAUAAAUUUAUUAGACUUGAAUGCUCAAGAACGUCAACUUGCCCUUAACGAAGCUAAAGUAUUAGCUAAGCUAGAUCAUCCCCAUAUAAUAAGUUAUUAUGAUAGUUUCGAGGAGGAUGGUAAAGUUAUUAUUGAAAUGGAAUAUGCCGAUGGAGGGAAUCUUGCUCAAUUCUUGGCCAAACAGGAUAAUCCCUUAGAAGAGAAAAAGAUCUUAGGCAUGUUUAAGGAAAUUGUAUCUGCUAUUAUGUAUAUACACAAGAGCAAAACAUUACAUAGGGAUUUAAAAACUCAAAAUAUAUUCUUAACCAAAGAAGGACACUGUAAAAUAGGAGAUUUUGGAAUAAGUAAAGUGAUGACAACUCAUAAAGCUGCGAAUACUGUCCUCGGUACACCUUAUUAUAUAAGUCCAGAGAUGUGCGAGGGAAAACCCUAUAAUGAAAAAUCAGAUAUAUGGGCCCUUGGUUGUAUUCUAUAUGAAAUGGCUUGUUUACAAAGAACUUUUGAAGGCUCGAAUCUACCUGCGUUAGUUAAUAAAAUUAUGAAGGGAAAGUUCGAACCUGUGAAAGGAAGCUACUCCAAUGAAUUUAAAACAUUAAUAAGUGAUAUGCUACAAAAAGAGCCAGAGUUUCGGCCAACUGCUUUAGAAUUACAUAAGAAAAGAGUACCAGAACUAUUAUCAAAAUUUCGCCAAACCGUUUCGGAAGAAGGCUUAACGCAAGAAUCCAGAUUAAGAUCAAACAGCCUUUCGUUUUUGGAUUCGGCAGUGCACAGAUCUGUACUAUACUUCUUUAAAAUGGAUGCUAUAGACGUUUCUCUUGUACCAGUUCCUCUACCCUCCAAAGUGAAAAUAAAAGAUAUGGCUGUUGGAAGAGAUCAUAUUAUUGUUGUGACCGUUGAACAUUGCGUUUAUAGUUGGGGUUGUAAUGAAUACGGACAACUUGGUCAUGGAGAUACUCAGAAAAAAUUUCGACCGCAAACAGUCGAUGGUCUUAAAAAUAAAUCAAUUGUACGUUUGUGCGCUGGGAGCUCGUUCUCAGUUUUUGGAAGUGAUAAUGGUCUUAUAAUGACUUGCGGGGAUGGUUCAUUCGGUUGCUUGGGACAUAAAGAUAUGGCAAGCAUUUCUAAACCACGUUUAGUUGAGGAGCUAUUGUCAGUUGAUAUUUUACACGUUGCUUGUGGUCCAAGACAUGUCGUUGCUGUUGAACGAGAAGGAAAACUUUAUUCUUGGGGUUGUGGAGAUAAUGGAAGAACAGGUCUGGGUCACGAAAAGACAAUUUUUUCCCCAGAAGUUGUAAAAUUUUCUGAAAAUAUUUCCGUUAAAUCUGCAAAUUGUGGACGUGAUGGAACUAUGAUUGUAACAGAUUUAGGUUCAGUUUACGCAUGUGGCUCAAAUUUACAUAAUAAAUUAGCUUUAAACGAACGUCAAGGAUUUUUAAUGGCUAUGAAAAAUAUAUUCGCUAAAACCGAUAUUGAUGGAACUUCUACGUUUGUGUGUGUUAGAUCUUUAGCUAGGCAUUGUAUUAAGAGCAUUUCUAUGGGAGACACGCAUACAGCUGUUUUAUUAGAAGGUGGUAGAAUAAUCACGUUUGGAAAGAACUCCGUCGGACAAUUAGGAAUGGGAGACACGAAAUCUCAAAAAGAGUGCGUUUUAAUUAAAUUCUUUGAAAGUUCACCUGCUACAAUAGUCAAGUGUGGUCCAAGCUAUUCUGUUGCUGUUACUCAUAAAAAUGAGAUUGUUAGGUGGGGGAGGAAAUAUAGACACGAUCCAGAUCCAGUUUCCUAUCCUUUAGUUUCUCAAUUGACAAGAUCUGCUAGCCAACCAGUUCUACCUGAAAAAGAACCUAUUGAAUCUGAUACUCAGUUAAAUUCUGAUCCGAGUACCACACAAGCAGCUUUGAAAAGAUCAACGUCUGUAUCCGCUAGAGAAAGACACGAUUCUCAAUCGCGGGACGAUCUAGUGCUAAAACCAACUCCAGUUUUAUAUCUUGAUUCAUCCGGAGCACACAGUCCGGAUGGGGAGACUGUAACUCUAUCGAAUUUAAUAUGCAACGAAAACAAGUUGUUCCUUCAAGUGGAAACAACAGCACCCCCUCCCCCGUCAACAAGAAAAAAGAAGAGACGGAGAAACUUUCUACGAGAAAAAAGUACUACAUCCUUUACCGAUGAUUCAGGUGUAAACAUAUCAAGACCGACUAGAAUGUCGGCUUCGAGUAGGGACGGAGGAGAUGAGCUCUCUUCUAGCGAAAUGGAUAAUAGUGGACCACUUCCAACAUGGCUGCAAAAGGAAGUAGACCUUUCAACGAAUGAAGAAGAUCGAAAUAAUUUUCUUGCUAAUGUUGACAAACGAACAAACGGAAAUUCCAUAGAUGAACGGAUGAAUAAUAAGUACGAAAGUUUAGAGCCUAAGGAUACUAGUGGAGAUGAUAGCAAAUCUCAAAGACCUCCAAUUUAUAAGAGAAAUUCUUCAAAUGCUCAAAAUUUAAUUCCUACUAAAUCGAAGGCUGGUCCUUCGUCAACAACGAAAAUAAGACAUAAAAGUAAAUCGAAAGCAAAGAGUUCGCAGAGCGAAGGAGAUGCUACGCCAAAAGCCAGUAUUGAAAUAGAUGCCAUAGCUUCACAGGUAGAAAAAUUAAAAAAGGACAAAGAGGAGACGGAUCAGCAUUUGCGCAAAGUUGUAGAUGAUGCAGCCAAAGCUGUCGCUGAUAUUCGCAGUGAUUCUGAGAAAAAAACAGCCGAAAUGGAAGAAAUGUAUCGACAGCAGAUUGGAAGCUUAGAACAAAAACUUGAUGAAUUAAAGGUACAACUUGAAAAAAUCCCUCCAAAGCAACAAGUACGAGAGAGUCGAAUAUGUUCUAUUCAAUGA